AAGACGAUAAAAUACACACUUACACAGUGUUUGAAGAUAUCUGAGCUAAAACUUCACAAACAAACCUUGAAUUUCUUCAACUGGCUUGUCCAAUUCUUCACCAAUUUCAAAUCUUUCAAUAAUCAUCUAUCUCUUCUUCAGUAUAUAUGAUAUAGAAUUUGGGUUCAAAUGGCUCUUGCAGUCCCCAGUGCUUCACUAUCUCCAACUACAACAAUCUUUAUGGACUCGUUUCAAACAUCACUCUACAAGCUUCAUCUUUCUACUCCUAGCAGAUUUUUAAGGUAUUAUUCUCACGUGUCUUUUGAAAAAAGAUGUAAUUUUGUUGUUUGUGGUUAUAUAAAUCAAGAAAAUAAGUGUAAUGUGUUGUUUAGGAAUAAAGGUGCAAACUUUGGUUUGAAUAAUGCAAGAUUUUGUAGUAGGAGUAGUUGGUUAGAUAAUUGGAAUGAUACCCAUAAAAAGAAUUGGCCUAAAACUAGACAAGAGGUGUUGAAUUAUCGAAAUGGUGAGAGUUCUUCGUGUUCGGAUUAUGAGGGUGGUAGUGAUGGGGAGAGUGGGGGUGGAAGUGGGAGUACAAUGGACAAGAUUGUAAGGAGAUUGAAGAAAUUUGGGUAUGUUGAUGAUGACGAGGAAAAGCAAGAGAUUGGGGAUAGAGUUAUUGAGAAAGGGUCGAUUGAGGAUAUAUUUUAUGUGGAGGAAGGGAUGUUGCCGAAUUCGCGUGGGGGGUUUUCGCCUGAUUCACCGUUGGGGAUGGAACAUGUGAGUGGAGGUAGCAGAGACGUGAGGUUUCCGUGGGAAAAGCUGAUGCCGAGUGAUGAAAGAGGGAGUUUGGUGAGAGAGAAGAGUAAGACAUCUCUGGCUGAAUUGACACUUCCGGAUUCAGAGUUAAGGAGGUUGAGGAAUUUGGCCAUGAGAACAAAGAAUAAGACAAGGAUUGGUGGUGCAGGUGUUACACAAUUAGUUGUUGAUUCUAUCCGUGAUAAGUGGAAAUCAGUGGAGGUUGUGAGAUUAAAAAUCGAGGGACCUCCUGCACUUAAUAUGAAGCGAAUGCAUGAGAUUUUGGAGAGAAAAACUGGAGGUCUGGUGAUUUGGAGGUCUGGCAGUGCUGUUGCUCUUUACAGAGGUGUAAGUUAUGUUGAUCCUUCGGUACAACGGCGCAAACAAUUGCAAAACAAGAAGGCAAAUUCACAGGGACCCUCCCCCACAGAAACUGGAAAAAGGGUUACUUACGAACUUGGUCCUUCAAAAGAUGUGUGGGUUCCCCAAGCAGAAGCAGUAGUUGCUCCUAGGGAAGAAAGUUCAAAAUCAUUGCCAGAAACCAGAUACGAGGAUGAAGUGGACGUGCUAUUAAAUGGUCUGGGACCUAGAUAUGAAGAUUGGGCUGGAUGUGAUCCAUUACCUGUAGAUGCAGAUUUACUCCCUGGCAUUGUUCCCGGUUACAAACCACCUUUCAGACUACUUCCUUAUGGAGUGAGAUCCACUGUUGGAGGGAAGGAAGCAACAUCUUUGCGAAGGCUUGCAAGAGUUCUUCCUCCACACUUUGCUUUAGGUAGAAGCAGGCAGCAUCAAGGUUUGGCCGUGGCCAUGAUCAAGUUAUGGGAAAGAAGUUCAAUUGCAAAAAUUGCUCUGAAGCGUGGAGUGCAGCUGACAACAAGUGAGAGAAUGGCUGAAGAUAUUAAGAAAUUAACUGGGGGCAUGCUUCUCUCUAGAAACAAGGACUUCUUGGUAUUCUACAGAGGAAAAAAUUUUCUGACUCCAGAAGUUUCUGAGGCACUAUUAGAGAAAGAGAGGUUAGCAAAGUCCCUGCAAGAUGAAGAAGAACAGGCGCGAUUAAGAUCAUCAACAUUUUAUAAACCAAUGAUCGAGCCAGCUGAUGAUUUUGGAACUGCUGGGACUCUUGGAGAAACUUUGGAUGCAAAGGCUAGGUGGGGAAAGAUUUUAAACGACGAGGACAAGGAAAAAGUCAUGAAAGAAGCGGAAGUCGCUAGGCAUGCCAACCUUGUCAAGAAGCUCGAGAAAAAGCUUGCUUUUGCUGAUAGAAAGCUAAUGAAAGCAGAGCGGAACUUAUCUAAGGUUGAAGCAUUUCUGAAUCCAUUAGAUCGUCCUGCUGACCCAGGAAGCAUAACUGAUGAAGAGAGAUUCAUGUUUCGCAAGCUUGGAUUAAGAAUGAAAGCAUUCUUACUACUUGGAAGGCGUGGAGUUUUUGAUGGUACAGUGGAGAACAUGCACUUGCAUUGGAAAUAUCGUGAAUUGGUAAAGAUAAUUGUGAAUAGUAAAAACUUUGAGCAUGUAAAGAAGAUUGCGUUGUCUCUUGAAGCUGAAAGUGGUGGUGUUUUAGUAUCGGUUGACAAAGUUUCAAAGGGGUAUGCUGUCGUAGUAUUUCGGGGUAAGGAAUAUAAGCGACCUCCUGCUUUGAGGCCAAAGAAUCUCUUAACAAAGCGAAAGGCGUUGGCUCGUUCGAUUGAGAUUCAAAGGCGUGAGGCUCUCUUAAGUCAUAUAUCGACUUUGCAAACAAAAGUUGAUGCUCUGCGUUCAGAAAUUGAUCACAUGUCAAUUGUCAAAGACCACGGAGAUGAAGAAUUUUAUAAUAAACUAGAGUCCGCUUAUCCUACUGAAGAUGAAGACAGUGAGGAGGAAGAAGAUGAUGCCUUCCUCGAAAUUUAUGACAGUGAUGAUGAUGUUGAUGAUGACGAGGAAUAUGAAAGUAAUAAUAUGACACACACAGCUCAAAUGGAGACCAAUUUUCCCUAUGGUUUCGAAGAUAAGGACUUUGAAGUAGUAGAGAGUAACGAUCCAUCAUCGGUUUCAGUUGCAUUGCGAGAAAGAGCUGACGAAAGUGAGACUGAGAAAGCACAAGAAGAUGAACUGAUAACUGCUUCAUCGGAAGAGUUAUUUGCUGACCUGUAACUAGUUUCCAUUGGGCACUGCAGAAUGUAGAUAGAUCAUUGUAGUAAUUUUUUAGUCUGACUACAUCCAGUUUUCAAGACUGAAAAUUGACUAGUGCAUUCUAUAGAAAUUUAUAGAACAUGGUUUCAAUCA